AGCUGUUGAGGUAUAAGUUAAGUUACAAUUUACAUAAAAAUAAUUCGAGUUUGGCAAUUAAAAAUAAAAGAAUUAAAAUGGAGCAUGUGAAAACAUUUCAACAUGCAUCAGCUUAUACUAAAGAAAUUAAAACAUUACUUAAAAAUGUUAAAUAUCCAGCUAAUACAACUUUGAUAUUCCAAUCCUUGCCAAAGCAUAUGAGAAGAAGAGCAAUGUCACAUUAUCCAAAGAGAUUACCAAAAAUAUAUCGAAAAGUGCAUUUGUCCCAAAUGAAGAAAUCUGGAAAAUUGACUCAACAUUCUAAAAAACCGAAAAGUAAGAAACUUCGAAAAAAUAUUUUUAGAAAAAAGAUGUUUUUGCUAAAAACUCAUAUUUGGCAUAGCAAAAGAUUUUUAAUGGUAAAAAAGUGGAAUUGCAAGAUUCCAUUUUGCCCUAGUGAAAAAUCAUAUCGAUCUUGUCAUAAAGCAAUAAAAGCAUCUUGCCUCAUUCAAGAUAUAUCGUAUUAUAAUUGUAUUGAAAUAAACGGAUUUUUAGCGGACAUUAAAGAUCGAUUCCAGCUAUUAACUAAUCGAAAUUCUAAUCUUUCUAUAUGUGCUAAAACUUUUUCAAGUGGUGCUCGUGAAGGUCAUGUAACACUCUUUCAAAACGAAAUGUUCCCGAGAGGUGCACUGGGAGAAGUUAAUUUCAUGUGGAAACCUUGUAAAACACAAUGUGAAAAACGAACUUUAUGGAUUUGGAUACAUCCAUCUUGCUAUUCAAAUAUAUUGAAUGAAAUAAUAAAAACUUUUGAACUUGUGAAAUUUCAGGGUGAAAAUGCAUCAAAUGAUGAAACAAGUAUAAUAUCUGGUUAUGAAAAUAAAUCCACAAAUUUGUCUUUAAUAGAACUAAAGCAAACUUUUAAUCGUUUUCGCAUAACAGGGCCUAGAUCGCAAAGUGUUCUUUUAAAAAUAUUGAGGCCAAGUAAAAUUGCUGAUGAAGUAAAGGGUAGUUGGUUUUUAGAAGCAAUGCAGAGUUCAUCCCAUCGAGAAAAUCACACUUUACAAAGUCAAUUUUGGGUAGGCUGCAACUCUGAACAAAUAUUACCCAAUAUGGUAAUAUCAUUGAACGUUCAGGAUCCACGUAGCUUAGGAAACUUUGAAAGGAUGCAGGAAGGAAAAACAAUUGAAAAUUAUUCAAAUUUUUCAGAAAAAAUUUCCGAGAGCUUUUUAUGGAAUUCAAACAUCCGACAGAAAUUAAAAGUCGGCUUUAUUAAUGAUCCUGAAUAUAAUAAGAUUGUAAGAAAAACUGCUCUUAUUUCAACGGAAAAAAUGUUUGAAAAUUGUUUACAAACAGUACCAGUCAUUCUAAUUCAAAAUCCAGGAUCAUAUAAUAAUACAAUCAGUAAAUUAGGUUACGGCGGGGGUUGGGAUCUAAUAGUUCCAGAUUUUUAUAGUUCAAUAUUUUGGCAAUCAUUGUUAUUUUGUAAAGUAAGAGUUGGUGGAUUCCGGGAAAUGCAAUCUAUUUUCAAAGAAAGUGGUUUAGAUAUGUUUUUGCCAGAUACAGUAUCAGGUAAAAUAGAAAGUGAAGAACGUGCUCUAAUAUUAAAAUCUCGACAUUUCAAAAAACCUUUAAAUAAACGAUGCAAUUAUAAUAAACUUUGUAUAAGUAGUCCUUUCAAAUUACCUUUUAAUGAAUUAGUAAAUGAAUGGUAUCCUUUAGAAUCAGAACAAAAUUUUUUUGUUUUACGAGACCUAGAAUCUUUGCAAAAUAUUAGUAAGUCAUUAUUGAGAAAAGCAGAUUUUCCAAAUGUGGAACCAGGAUGCUUAAUACAAAUUUAUAUUCAAAUGAAAACAAAGGGAAAACUUGAUGAUCUUUCUAUAAUUUGUAUUCCUCAUAAAGAAGAUUUAAAAUGUGCCAAAUAUAAGAAUGUUGCUUACACAGAACCUUUAAAAAAUUGUUUAAUCAAGAAAUCCAAAAAUGAAGAGAAAAAGCAACGUCUUGUAAAAAUUGAUACAUCAAAAGUAAUCUUUAAAAAUAAGCAAAAUAAAAAAUUAUACAAUACUAAAAUGAAAAAUUUAGCGAAUAGCAUAAAAAAUUCAUGUGCCAAAGAAGCAUCUGAAUUAUGGAUAAUUGAAAGUCCGAAAUGUGUAAGAAAACAAUGUUCAAGAGAAGUUAUUGGCUAUGUAAAAUAUAGUAAUUUUAGUUAUAUACAUUCUAAGAUAAUAGGAAUCGGUUAUGUUGUUGCUGAAGGUCUUAAAGAGUUAGUAAAUACAAGUAAAGAACCAUAUAAAAUUCUUGUAAGAGGUAAAACAAGUCGUAAUUAUUAUGUUGCUAAUUUUGAAAUCCCUAUAAAUUUAUGAUUCACUUAUGUAUUUUUAAUAUAGAUAUUAAAUAAUUUGUUCUUUUAUAUAAAAUUUCAAGCUUGUUUAAGAAACAAUUGACUGA